AUGGAGGGCAAAAUAAUCAUUUUCACCUCUUCGUAUUCAACGAAUAAGAAAAUUUGGAAGGAGUCAAAUCUGGUCAAGGAUUUCCUCAACGUCCGAAAAAUUCCCUUUUUUGAAAUCGACCUGGCCACACAUCCGAAGGCAAAAGAAGAGCUUCUCAAACGUCUCCCGGAAGAGUACAAGGCCCCGCCAAUUCUACCCCCUCAAGUUUUUCUCAACAACGAAUAUUUGGGAAACUACGAGUCUUUCUUCAUGGCGACGGAGAUGGAGUUUCCCUACACCUUUUUCAAGCAAGAACCGCCAGCAGGAUCGCGAGAAGAGCAACGCGUCAUAGAGUACAAAUCGAAGAAUAAAGCAAUUCCCUCUUUCAUAUAA